UAGUUGAACGAACUUACCUGAACGAUUGUGUUAUGUAGCAAUGCAUUAUGUAGCAUUUUGCUUUGUGCCUUACCUGAAUGUAAUAUUUUGCCACCGGCGUCUUCCUUUUUAACAUUUUGCUCUGUCACUACUAUCAAGUUUGUGAAAACCUCUCCUCCAAUGCUUUGAAGUUUCGUGGCUUUAUUUGACUGUGCUGAUAGAUUGUGUUAUAUAGCAUAGCAAAACUGGUUCUGAAAUCCGAAACAUUGCCAUUGAUUCUUUGCCUUCUAUCACUGCCGCCAGCGUUCUGAAAUCCCUCUUACAUAUCUGUAUUUCUGCUCUUUUCGAAAUAUUGCCAUUGACUGUGCUGAUGGUUUCUGUUUUUUGGGAAAAUAUAUAUGAAGUAUAGUGCGAUCUCUCUAUCACCUUUCUCUCUCAUAUGUUAAAGCUAACCACGAUGAAGGACUGCCUCUUCGACCUGGUCCUACUCCUCAUUAACAUAGGCACAUUGCUUCUAUGCUGUUAUAAUAUAUCAGAAAGAACCUUUGAUCAGAGUCUUAUGGGAGGAAUUGAUGAAAUUCUUUUCGCAUCUUAGGCUUUGUUUCUUCACCUUGUAAUGAUAUUUCUGGCAUAUAUAACCUCCCUUUCAUAUCACUCCGAUUCUAGUCUACUUGAGAGCACAUUGCGUUUUUGGGAAGUUUCAUAUUUAUCAUAUUUUCAUGAUCCAUGAUAUAUAUAAAUAUAUAUAUAUCUGAAUGCAUCACAUCUUGCUUAUUUAUAACAAAGACGAAGAUGCAGCGAUGCUAAUGAAAGUGGGUAGAGGAGUUCACUGAAAAAAUUGCCAUGGGUACAAUGUUGAACACCAAUCCUCACUAUACUUCAUCUUGGCAUAAUCAAACUUAUAACAGCAUAGAAGUAGCAGCGUGCCCAUGUUGAUGAGGAGCAGGACCAAUCGAAGAAGCAGUCCUUCACUCCUUUGAGGUGUCAUCGAGCUCAUGGUUAGCUACAAAGUUGCAUUUUGAUUCUCGCUCAUUUCUUUGUGUUUAUGUUGUUGCCAAUGAACAAUGAGCAGUAGGGACUAAAAUAGCUAGUUCAUGACUUUAUUAUAUGUGUCUUUGCUAAGUUAUUAAUAUGCAAAUUUUACUUAUUUUGUUAGAUGGACAUGGAAACUCAAUACUACUUAUUGGUGCGGCAAUGGCUUGAAUUGCAUCAUAAAGUAAUAGCUCUACUUGUACGUAUUAGUGCGCAAGUAUAUGAGAAUGAAGUUCGUCAUCCACAAAUAAGUUAUAGUUUGAGUGGCAAGAGAGAAAGGGUACGGGAUGAAAUAAUGAAUAGAAUAAGUAGUUGUCCAUCUAGUUGAAACAUCAUUAGAAUGUCUCCUAGAGCAUUCUUAGAGUUGUGUAGCAUGUCAGAAAGAGAUUGUGGUUUGCAACCCACUAGGUGGUCCAGUGUGGAAGAACAAGUUGCAAAAACUCUUUAUAUAUUAACACACAAUGUUAAAAACCGUGAAGUCAAUUUUUGGUUUAGGCGUUCUGGUGAGACAAUUAGUCGUCAUCUUCAUAUAGUUUUGAUGGCUAUCAUUGAGUUAGAAGAAAAAUUUGUUGUACAACCUAAUGGGUCAACAAUCCCUCUUGAAAUUCAAAAUGAGAGUAAAUUCUUCCCAUAUUUUAAGGAUUGCCUUGGUGCUAUAGAUGGAACACAUAUACGAGUCAAGGCGCCUUCUAUAGAUGCUCCUCGAUAUCAUGGUAGAAAGGAAUUUCCAACACAGAAUGUGUUAGCAGUAUGUACAUUUGACCUAAAGUUCACUUAUGUGCUUCCUGGAUGGGAAGGCACUGCAUCCGACUCACGAAUUAUUAAAAAUGCAUUAACAAGGGAAGAUAGCCUUAAAAUUUCUGAAGGUAAAUAUUAUCUUGUGGAUGCUGGAUUCAUGUUAACAAGAGGGCUUAUAACACCUUAUCGGGGAGUUCGUUAUCAUUUGAAAGAGUAUUCAAAAAGAAAUCCACCCCUAAAUCAUAAGGAGUUAUUUAACCUUCGACAUGCAAAGUUACGGAAUGCAAUUGAAAGAGCUUUUGGUGUUUUGAAGAAAAGAUUUGCAAUUUUGUCCAAUGCAACCGAACCUACAUAUGGCAUCAAGGUUCAAAAAACGAUAAUAUAUGCCUGUAUAAUUCUUCAUAACUUCCUUAUGAGUGCUGACCCUGCUGAAGAUCUUAUAAGAGAAGUUGAUAGGGAACUUCUUCAACAGAAUACGGCAAAUGACAAUAACCGUGCUUCAAGUACUGACAAUAAUGAAGCUGCUCAAGGUGAACUUAUCAGAGAAUGUAUAGCCACUCUAAUGUGGACAGAUUACUAG